AAAUUUAGCAAAAUUUGCACAAUGUUUGGAAAAAGAAGUAGAAAACAAGCUAGCGAAGAAUUUAGAGAUGCUCAAAUGGAAGUUGAUGAUGAGCCAACAGCUACUGUAAGCGCUAAUAACUGGAAUAAAAAUCCUUGGCUUAACAAAGAAAAUGAAGUCAACCAAGUUCAACAGAGAUUAGGUGUUCUAAAUCUCUUCAAAAGCCCAGGAACUACCUAUAGCAAGCUUAGGAGCAAGGAAAGACAAGAUGGUAAUAAGGCCAAUCCCUCAAAUAAUGCAAAUGGGAAAAAUAAUAGUAAAUAUGGACAUUUUGGAAACUCAAAAAUACCCAAAUUAUCAGGCCCAAAGAUGCAAUUUAAGGUGACAAACCCAACCUCUAGAUUCUCAUCUUUCAGUAAAAGCAGUGUGAAUUCUUCAGAUGAGCGAUCUAAUGUGCCGAACUUCAAACCCGAUAGAGGAAAUGACCUGAUGACUAAAAUUAACAAUCGGUUCAACAGCAAUGAGUUAAGGUCAAACACAAAAAUCCAAAAUUCUCAGAACAUGUUCAAUAUCUGAAAUGAGAAAGAACGAUCUGACUCUAGAGACUCAUUAAGCGGUCCUGACAGCAAAUUCCGCGGAAAAUUUGGUAGACAGAGUAGCUCCUCCCAAUCAGAUAAGGAAAACCAGGGGUUUAGAUCAAAUGGGCUGAACAAGAAGAUAUUUGAAGACCCUGCUAUCAAGAGUAAAGCAUCCUCCAAACUUUUUGGGUUUAACCGUGAUUCCAAAAAGAGUGGAACUACACUGGAAAGACUCAGAAAUGACCAGGAGAGGUACCUCAAAUCGAGCAAUGAUAUGGAAAGAGUCAGAAGACUUGAGUACAACACGGCUGACACUCAGAUUCCAAGAAUUUCUAAAAGCGAGAAUAACUCAUUCAGAGGAUUAAGCGGGGAGCGUUCUCAUCCUGAAAAUAGAUUCUCUAUGGAAGCUCCGAAAGCCUUUAAAAAUGGGUUUAAAGAUAAUAAUGGGAAAGUAUCCAACCUUUGAUCACGAUUUGGUAAGCAGGAUCUUAGGACUCCCAAGUUUGGAAUAAGGGUAAGCUCAGCAGAUGCUAUUCACUGUAAACCCUUCAAACUCAUGACUGAAAGAAGAGGUGUAUUCAAAAAGUUAGACCUAGAUGAAAAGAAAAAUCAAAGAUUCUUAAAUGAAGACCGUAAGAGAAUCUUCAAAGCAAGAGAUUUCACAGCGAGAGAAGCAGAAAGAAUUGUUCUCCCAGAGCCUAAGGUAACUCAGCCUCAAGAGAUCAACCUCUCCACUGAAAGACAACUUGAGAAGAGCAGGAUGUAUCAUAUGAACCACAAGUUCAGAGUUGAGCAAGAGAGUAAAAAGAGAGAGCUUGAAGAACAAAGGAAGAAAGAAAUCGAGGAAGAGCAAAUCAAGGAACUCAGGAAGGCACAAAACUUUACAGCAACAGGGAUAAAAUAUAAGAGAAAGCCUCAGCUAAUAUCUCGUAGGACUCAGCUAUUCUCCAAUGUUAAGAGAAAUCAGGACAGACAUACAUUUGGUGAUGGAAACCCAUUUAGAUAAGUGUUUAAUAUUUGC